AUGUCGUACACUGCGACGCCGCGCCCGCCCUCGCAGGACAACGGUCCCUCGCCACACUCAACUGCCAUCGGGGACAGCCGUGACCCGGCGGUGGUCAAUCCCUGGCCUCAGAUCAUUGCCUCCGUGCUGCACGCUCCGGAUCCGCAUACGCUCAAGGCGAUUCGUUCGUUGCACUACGCCGCGCAGCACUACGGGACCACACCCCCUGGAGGCGCGAUCGGGGCGUUCGAUGCGGACGGCCGCGAGACGCACGAGGCCAUGGCGAAGCUUGACGGGACGAUCUUCGUCAGAGCGGCGGGGGUCGUGAUGGACACCCUCGGGUGGGUCACGCACGGGCAGCCGGCGGGCAAGUGGGACUUCAGCGCACAUGGAUGGGAUGAGGCGUGGAAUGAUUGA